UACGUACCUUCCUUUAAAUCAAUAUGGCGUCUCCCGUAAAAGCAUGUUGUUUAUGUUUCUCGCGAUCUGUACAGUUUGUAAACAGGACCGAACGGUCACGACAAAUAUUAUCUAAAUUAUAUUGCAAUACAUUUUUAAUUCGCCAUUUAGGCAGUUGCCAGAAGCUCCUGGCCAAGCAUUCGGAUAAUUCACAGGGUGAUCAGCCUGCUGACGUCCCAGUUGAUAAACUUAAAAUAACUUACAGUCGGAGCAGCGGACCAGGAGGUCAACACGUAAACAAAGUCAAUACAAAAGCAGAGGUUCGGUUUCAUGUCCAGACUGCAGAAUGGAUUCCAGAGGAGGUGAAAACCGAGAUCCUCUUAAAGUAUAAAACUCGGAUCAAUAAAGCUGGUGAGUUAAUAGUAACUUCAGAGGUUAGCAGAAGCCAACAGAGGAACUUGGAUGACUGUUUACAGAAGAUCUCUGAGAUCAUUACUGAAGCCAGUCAGCAACCACCAGAGCCAUCAGCAGAGGAUCUCACCCUGAGGGCUAAAAGGUUAGAGAAAAGAAAUUUAGCAAGGCUCAAACAGAAAAAGCUCCAUUCCUCAACGAAGCAAGCACGACAAGUUAAUUUUGACUGAGUUGCAGCUGUGAUUUUUUUAAAAUCUUUUGAAUAUAUUGUAUAUAUUAUACCUUUUUUUUGAAAAUUAUGAAUAUCCUGUGUCUGAUUUUUGAAUGAACUGAUGGAAGAAUUUUCUCCUAUUCCUACAUGUAUGUGAACCCCAAAGUGAUAUGUAUUUUUGCAAAGUAUUACUGUGCAUUAUGUAACUGUUUGGGUUAUAGUAAAUAAAUUGAAUUGUGAAAAUUG